UGUAGCUGUUCCAGGUAAUAGGUAAGGAAUUGCCGUGCAAGGCUGUAGACGAUUCAUCAUCGCUACGCUAUCUCUAUCUACUAUAUGUUAACCCACAGCCGUCAUGCUUCAAUGAGAAUUAACUUUUGAUUUACGAAAUACCGCUAAUGUGUCUCUGUUUAUAUUGUGUGGUAUUUCGAACUGUUUCAUUGAUUGUGGUGUGAUAUAACAAGACGAUAUGAUGAUACCACUGGCCGUACUCCUUUACAGCUUUACAGGACAGACUACAGCAGAUGACGACAGCGUUGACGAACACUGCAGGUUUGGAUAUUAUGAAAAUAACGGAGAGUAUGAAGAGUCUUAUUUGUCGUGUAGCAGCGAAGACUAUUGCUGUGGUGAUUUUAUGGACAGGAGUUGCUGCGUGAAAUCUGAAUAUGCUGAUAAAGACGAGGACCCGCCAACCAUAGGUCUGAUGUUUGGUAGUAUCGCCGCAUGCAUAAUGUUCAUCGUUUUAUGUGCAUGUAUAUGUGGUAAAAUGGCACGACGUCAGCUGCCAAACUCGGACACCGACCAGCCUUAUACCGUUCAGACAAACGUCAACUCAGUUGAUGGACCAACAUUGACGUCUUUGCCAAACCAGAUCCAGACCUCCGGUGUCAGUUCUACAAUCCAGACGUCCACACCAUCCGGAAGCGAAACAAGGGACACAUUUGAUGCACUGCCACCGUCUUACGAGGAAUGUAUAGAAAAGAACUGUAUACAGCCGCCGCCCGAUUAUCAUACUGUUAGCAUGUGUAUAAACAAUGCUUACUCAAGUUCGGAACAAAAUAUUUCAUCUAAUACAGAACAAUGCGAACACAUCGAUUCGCCAGCUAGUUCAGAGUGGGUAUGAUGUUAUCAAUAUGAUUAACCUACGUUAUCAAUCAUGGGCCUGGAGUCGACGCCUGACCUCGGCGAUUACCCAUGUCUGUCCUAUAUACAGGAUCUUGAAGUAGCUGAUUAGAAGAGAAACAAGGGAGUACCGAAGGGUAAACAAAUUGUGUUAUGUUGUCGAAAUCGGGAAAAUAUAAACAAAAAAG